AUGGAAUGGAAGGAAGAGCACGAUCUCCUUCUCUGCCGGGAAAUACUCGUCUGUCAGCCAUACAAAUUCAAAGAAAGAACGGUCGAAAGAGGAAAAAUUUGGGAAGAAAUUUCGAAUCACCUUAAUACCUGUGAGACCACCAAAUUCCGUGUAAACAAGCGAUCUGUAAGAGAGCGAUUCAAAUUGAUCAAGGAAAAGUUUAAGCGUAAAAUUCGAGAGGAGGAAAAUUCGUCGGGGAUUGACGUGGAACCCACUUCGGAGCUCGAACAAGCCCUAGAAGAGAUUUGCUCUUUCGAAGAAUCUUUCCCGGUUGAAGAGAAAGAAUCCAAGCAAGCCAAAGAAGAAGAAAACAAGCACAAAGCACAAGAAAUUCGAAAAAAAGCGAUUGAGAGCUAUGGUCAGACCAAAUCAAGAAUUGCCGGAGAUGAAGCUCCCAUGGAACCUAAGAAGAAAAAGAGAAGAGGAGGCAAUGAUUCCAUUGACUUUCUCAGUGAAAAAUCUCAGCUAGAGCUUGAAAUCAGGAAGAGAGAGUUAGAGCUUAAAGAAAAGGAGACAGCGAGAUCGUUUGAGCAGCAAAGGGAGAUGAAGCAAUUGAUGCAGCAGCAACAACAAAACAUGAUGGAGCUACUGUCGAAACUGGUGAACAAGUGA